GGGGGAGGAGGAGUGGGAGGCAAGGCGAUCUGCUGCGUUCUGAGUUGGAGCCGGCUGUCAGAGUCUCUCUGACCAGUGUCUCUCCGAGGAGGGUGCGACCAGCUAGCGGCCGCUGCAGCAAUGAUCCAGACUGUUGGAAGUCACCUGCGAAGGGGCCUGGCCUCCGUGUUCUCCAACCGCACAUCUCGGAAGUCGGCCUCACGCACUGACAGCGACAACAUGGCAGACGGCGAGGGCUACCGGAACCCCACGGAGGUGCAGAUGAGCCAGCUGGUGCUGCCCUGCCACACCAACCAGCGUGGCGAGCUGAGCGUCGGGCAGCUGCUCAAGUGGAUCGAUGCCACUGCCUGCCUGUCUGCGGAGAGGCAUGCAGGGUGCCCCUGUGUCACAGCCUCCAUGGACGACAUCUAUUUUGAGCACACCAUCAGUGUUGGACAAGUGGUGAAUAUCAAGGCCAAGGUGAACCGGGCCUUCAACUCUAGCAUGGAGGUGGGCAUCCAGGUGGCCUCUGAGGACCUGUGCUCUGAGAAGCAGUGGUGUGUGUGCAAGGCCUUAGCCACCUUUGUGGCCCACAAGGAGCUCUCCAAGGUGAAGCUGAAGCCAACCAUGCCGCGGACGGAAGAGGAGAAGACGGAGCACAGCGUGGCGGCGGAGCGCCGGCGCAUGCGACUGGUCUACGCAGACACCAUUAAGGACCUCCUCGCCAACUGCGUCAUUCAGGAUGAUCUGGAGAGCAGAGACUGCAGCCACAUGGUGCCGGCCGAGAAGACGCGGGUGGAGAGUGUGGAGCUGGUCCUGCCCCCCCACGCCAAUCACCAGGGCAAUACUUUUGGGGGGCAGAUCAUGGCCUGGAUGGAGAACGUGGCCACCAUUGCAGCCAGCCGGCUCUGCCGUGCCCACCCUACCCUGAAGGCCAUUGAGAUGUUCCACUUCCGGGGCCCAUCCCAGGUUGGGGACCGUCUGGUGCUCAAGGCCAUCGUGAACAACGCCUUCAAGCACAGCAUGGAGGUGGGCGUGUGCGUGGAGGCCUACCGCCAGGAGGCCGAGACCCAUCGGCGGCACAUCAACAGCGCCUUCAUGACCUUCGUGGUCCUGGGUGCAGAUGACCAGCCUCAGAUGCUGCCCUGGAUUCGGCCCCAGCCUGGGGAUGGCGAGCGGCGGUACCGAGAGGCCAGUGCCAGGAAGAAGAUCCGCCUGGACAGGAAGUACAUCGUGUCCUGUAAGCAGGCAGAGAUGCCCCUCUCUGUCCCCUGGGAUCCUAGCAACCAGGUGUGCCUGAGCUACAGCAACGUCUCCUCCCUGAAGAUGCUCGUGGCCAAGGACAACUGGGUGCUGUCCUCAGAGAGCAACCAGGUCCGCCUGUACACUCUAGAGGAGGACAAGUUCCUCUCCUUCCACAUGGAGAUGCUGGUGCACGUGGACACAGCCCAGGCCUUCCUGCUGCUCUCUGACCUCCGCCGGAGGCCCGAGUGGGACAAGCACUGCCGGAGCGUGGAGCUAGUGCAGCAGGUGGAUGAGGAUGAUGCCAUCUACCACGUCAUCAGCCCCGCCCUCGGUGGUGACCCCAAGCCCCAGGACUUCAUCAUCCUGGCCUCUCGACGGAAGCCUUGUGACAUCGGGGAACCCUAUGUCAUUGCGCUGAGGUCAGUUACGCUGCCUACGCACCGGGAGAGCCCAGAGUACCGGCGUGGGGAGACUGUCUGCUCAGGCUUCUGCUUCUGGCGCGAGGGGGACCAGUUAACCAAGGUGUCCUACUACAACCAGGCCACCCCGGGCGUUCUCAAGUACGUGACCACCAAUGUGACCGGCCUCUCCUCCGAGUUCUACACCACCUUCAAGGCUUGUGAACAGUUCCUCUUGGACAACCGGAACGACCUGGCCCCCAGCCUCCAGACCCUCUAAGCAUCGUCCCAGGCCACCUGACGUCCACUCCCACUCCAUCCUGCCCCAAGGACAUGCGUGCAGUGCACUGAGGAAGCAGAGGCAUUUAUUCCUUCCUGCCGCCCCGUGGGAAGCUGGGGUCCACCAGGCCACCUGGGUGCUCAGUGUGUGCCAACAUCCGCCAGCAAGUCUUGGCGGUAGCUCUGGGGUAGCCUGUAGUAGACUCGGGUCUUCUUCACGGCCCUGGCUGCCAGCAGCACUGCCCGCACAGACGCAUAGAGGCCCCGGCCAGGGCUGUGUUCCACCGUGACCGUGGCCCGGGGAGAAGCUUCCAGCAGCCGGGCCACGACUCCAGCGGGGCUCUGGCCCAGAGGCCCAGCCUGCAGCUGGAAGGACACGGGUUGCCAGAGGCCCUGGCACAGCUCCAGCAUGUCUGUGACCAGCUGUUCCCUGUAGCCACUGCCCAGCACUUCCUCGGGCCAGCCUGGUGCCACCGUCACAUGGGGGAACACGUCGGCCACAGCUGUAAGCAACUCCCUGCCAGUCACGUAGCCAGGGACCCUGAAACUCCCGUGGGAGACUGUGGCACCGACCCACACAGGCCUAGACAGGCGGCCGAGGGCAGAGAGGGUGGCCAGCGUGGCCAGCGCCGGCCGCAGGGCGGUGGGCUCUGCUAUGUGCACGUGGACCCCCCAGCGUCCGGGGUGCGAGGCCAGCUGCUGCAGGCAGGACUCCAGCACCAGGGCACGGCCAUCUGGGGUGCGGACGAUGGGCACGGGGUCCCCAGCUGCAGGCUUCUGGAGGCCCACGUCCAGCAGGAUCAUGCCUUCUCGGUCUGGAAGAGGCAGUGGAGGCAACAGUGUCUGGGGUUAGGGCUAUCAUGGGGUGUCAGAGGCCCUUGCUGAAGGUAAAGGGACAGCAGGAGGUAAUGGGGUCUGUUGAUUGGGUCUGGGUUCCAGGUGGAAGGGCUGCUUUGUGAAUGUGCCUGGGGCUCAUCAGAAUGGCCCAGUGAGCCGCUAGCUCAGCUCUGAGGCCUGUGCCCGCCUCUGUUGCAGCACCAUGUG